AUGAACGCCGCUGCCAUCCUUCCUCCGCCAUCGCUCAGCCUCCGCCUCCGUGACGCCAUGAUCGAUUUCUUUGAUCUAAUGUCAGGAGUGCCAGAUUCACUUGAGAUCAACAUCAUUUCUCAAUGGCCUGAAGGGAAGGAAAAUGCUCCAAGAACGAUAAUAGAUAUAAAAUUAAUUAGUAAUGGACAAGUAUUGGAGAACAGUAAAACGGUUGGAGAAUGCAUGAGUCGGUUUUGUGAUGUUCCUUGUAGCAUUACAACCCUGCAUGUAGGUAUUAACCAAGCACCUCAAGAAAAAGUGGUCAAAUUCAAACAAUUGAGCCAUCAUAGCAAGUGUUGGGGUUGGGCUACCAAAAGAACACAAGCAUCAAGAGUGUAAAAAGGUGGUUGUACUUCAUUACAACGAUCCAUCAAAGCCAUAGCUAGAGGUUGGGUUCGAGCAUCUUCGUCCGUUUUGGUCAAAAUAUGCCGAUUACUCUAAUAAUUUUGUCAAAAAUUCUGUUGGUUUGACUUUUUGCUAUAAACAUUUUCCUAUCGUAUGCGUUCAUGCUUUCUUCGUAGCGUCUUAAAUCCCUAGAUUCUAGUGGUUGCAUCUUUAAUGUACUAAAUAUGUGU